GUAUGGAGCCGCAGGGGAGACGCGGUUUAUAUGGGGAGCCUUUUCAUCCGGGGGGCUGCUCUCCUCCUCCUCCUCUGCCAGGGGGGCUGCGCUGGCUCCUCCUCCUCCUCUUCGCACGCCCUGUACUAUUUCUACACGGGGGUCUCAGAGCCCAGCCAGGGGCUGCCCCGGUUCCUCGCUGUAGGAUAUAUGGACGACCAGCUUUUUAUUCAGUAUGACCCCAGCAUGAAAAGGGCCCGGCCUCGAACACCCUGGAUGGAGGAGAAGGAGAAUCCCCUUUACUGGGACACAGAGACCAAGAGGUUUCUGAACGUUGAGCGGGAGUUCAAAGAAGCCCUGGUGAACCUGACAAAGUACUACAACCAGAGCGGAGGGUUUCACACCUGGCAGGAGAUGUCCGGCUGUGAGUUGAGGAAAGAUGGGAGCAAAAGAGGGUAUGAUCAGUAUGCCUACGACGGGCGGGACUUCCUCAGCUUUGACAAGGAGACCCUCACCUGGAUAGCCAUCGAUCCCAAGGCCCAGAUAACCAAGAGGAAUUGGGAAGAUGACACUGCCGUUGUUCAGGAACGGAAGGCCUACCUGGAGGAGGAAUGCAUUGAGGAGCUGCAGAGAUACCUCGGCUACGGGAAGGAGGCUUUGCUGAGGAAAGAGCCCCCGGUGGUGAAGGUGAUGCACCAGGCAAGUAGGAAGGACCUGGAGACCCUCAUCUGCCAGGCCCACGGCUUCUACCCCAAGGAGAUCGACGCCACCUGGAGGCGGGACGGGGAGAUCUUGGAGUACGAGACCUUCCAUAGAACUGUCGCCCCCAAUUCAGACGGGACCUACCACAUCUGGCUCAGCGUUGACAUCGACCCCAAGGAGAGGGACCUCUACCGGUGCCACGUGGACCAUGCCGGCCUGCCAGAGCCUCUGGUCUUGGCCUGGGAGGAGCCUGGUGGUGUGAGAUGGAUUGACAACAUUGGGAUCGCGGGAGCUGUCCUGGUUGUUGUCGUGUUAAUCGCUGGGAUCUAUUAUUUCAGACAUGAAGUGUGGGAGCAUAUAAGACGCAGAAUGGAUUUCUGGGCAAGCAACCAAGAGCCCAACAGUCCCAACGCUGCAGGCAUCCAAUUGCCCAAAAAUGUCAUUGAAAUGGACCAAAGAGACCAUCUCCAGCUGCUCAAACAGCCAACAUUACGUGAAGUCUGACAAGGUUCAAUUGCACAUGGUGUGAGACCAGAUGAAGCUGUGACAGAUCUGCUCACCUUGAACACUGUUUAUUACAUUACCUUAUUCUGACUCUGGGCCCACCGUUCUGACUGCCCCUGUCGCUUGGGUUGGAGAGGACAUGCCGUUUCCGAGGAGUCUUCGCAGUGUGCCUGUAGGCACCAGUUGCUGGGGAACAUGGGUAGGAGGGGGGUGCUGCACCAUGUCCUGCUUGGGCUGGAAGAUGGCCAAUGUAACACCUCCUGAACAAACUUGGCGGUCAUGGACUAAGAGGAGAGGUCCUCUUAUGGAUCAAUAACUGGUUAAAAAACAGAAGGAAUAAAUGGUCAAUUCUCCCGAUGGAGGGAAGUAAAUUGUGGGGUCCCACAAGGAUCGGUACUGGGACCAGUUCUUUUCAACAGAGGCCUCAUCUACACCAAGCAGGAUAUUGCACUAUGAAAGGAAAGGAAAGGAACCUCUCGUGCAAGCACUGAGUCA